GCCGCCGCCUGUCAUGCAGCCCGCUCAGUAUCCAGCAUACCAGCCUGUCCCGACUCAACCGGGCUACGGCGCUCAGCCUAUGCAGACGGGACCAUAUCAGGGACAGCCAUACGCACCAGGACCCCCACCACCAUACCACAUGGCCGCAAACCCUGGAUAUCCCAGCAGUCAGGCUCCAUAUGACGGAAGUCAGGCAGCGUACCCCAUGAUGCCCCCUGCCCAGCCCGAUAUCGCUUAUCCGUCCCCAGAGAAAUUCGAUCAGCUGGCCUAUAACCCCGCCUACAUGCAGCCACCGAAGACCGGAUAUUAAACCAAAAGCGUCUGUCACAUCAGUCACUGUUGGAUUGUGGAGGUUUGACGCACUUUCACUCGGCAGUAAGAAUGCCU